CCAGCGAGGGGGCGGUGGCCGCGGCGCUGACAGCAGUUCCCCGCCCCCGCGGCCAGCCACGUCCCGCACGUAGCGCCCGGGCAGCGGCAUACAGCCGCAGGUUGGCGCCGGGAGCUCCGGCUCCUCCGGCGGAGCUCGGUAUGAGGCUGGUAAGGCUGCUGCGGGGCGGCACGAGCGUCAGGCCGCUCGGCGCCGUCCCCUGCGCCAGCCGUAGCCUAGCCUCGGCCUCGGGUUCCGGGCCGGCGUCGGAGCUUGGCGUUCCGGGCCAGGUGGACUUCUAUGCGCGCUUCUCGCCGUCGCCACUCUCCAUGAAGCAGUUCCUGGACUUCGGAUCAGUGAAUGCUUGUGAAAAGACCUCCUUUAUGUUUCUGCGGCAAGAGUUACCUGUUAGACUGGCAAAUAUAAUGAAAGAAAUCAGCCUCCUUCCCGAUAAUCUCCUCAGGACCCCAUCCGUACAGCUCGUACAAAGCUGGUAUAUCCAAAGCCUUCAGGAGUUGCUUGACUUUAAAGACAAAAGUGCUGAAGAUGCUAAAACUAUUUAUGAAUUCACAGACACAGUGAUAAGGAUCAGAAACCGGCACAAUGAUGUCAUUCCCACCAUGGCCCAGGGUGUGACUGAAUACAAGGAGAGCUUCGGGGUGGAUCCUGUCACCAGCCAAAAUGUUCAGUACUUUUUGGAUCGAUUCUACAUGAGUCGCAUCUCAAUUAGAAUGCUACUCAACCAGCACUCCUUAUUGUUUGGUGGAAAAGGAAGUCCAUCUCAUCGAAAACACAUUGGAAGCAUAAAUCCAAACUGCGACGUGGUGGAGGUCAUUAAAGAUGGCUAUGAGAACGCUAGGCGCCUUUGUGAUUUGUAUUAUGUUAACUCUCCUGAACUUGAACUUGAAGAACUAAAUGCGAAAUCACCAGGACAGACAAUACAAGUGGUUUAUGUACCAUCCCAUCUCUAUCACAUGGUGUUUGAACUGUUCAAGAAUGCAAUGAGAGCGACCAUGGAGCACCACGCGGACAAAGGCGUUUAUCCCCCGAUUCAGGUUCACGUCACACUGGGUGAGGAGGACCUGACUGUGAAGAUGAGUGACCGGGGAGGCGGUGUUCCACUGAGGAAGAUCGACAGACUCUUCAACUACAUGUACUCAACCGCACCCCGGCCUCGUGUUGAAACGUCCCGUGCGGUGCCCCUGGCUGGGUUUGGUUACGGAUUGCCCAUAUCACGCCUCUAUGCACAGUACUUCCAGGGAGACCUAAAGCUGUAUUCCUUAGAGGGCUACGGGACAGAUGCGGUUAUCUACAUUAAGGCUCUGUCGACAGAAUCCGUCGAGAGACUCCCUGUGUACAAUAAAGCCGCCUGGAAGCAUUACAAAGCCAACCACGAGGCUGACGACUGGUGUGUGCCCAGCCGAGAGCCGAAAGACAUGACCACAUUCCGAAGCUCUUAAACGCACACGGGACCCUGGCACAUCCACAUGUGGUUUCUGCUAAAUUUGGAAGACAUGUAUUUGGAACCACACUGUACCAAAUAUUUCACGUGUGAUCUUCACAAUUAGUGUUUGCUGAAGCUCCUAAAGGAUCGGUUAUGCCAACUGUAUUCUGAUGUGUUGGGUUACUUGGGUGUGGUUUUGAACACACAUAAUUUUGGUCAACUACCCUUGGUAUGGUAUGGAGUGUGAAGUUCCUGGUUUCUGUAGGAAGCUGAGUAUUUCUUUCAAGUUUUCACUUAACGUCUGCUAGAAGCAUCUGAAGAAUGUGGAGUAGCUGGCUAGCGGCCUCUCUGCUUUUGGAGUUGUGUCAUCUGUGAGUGGUGACGCCUAGUCAGGUGAUCUCCCACGAAGAACAACACAGUGAUCCGUUAGAACCCACACCGGUUGUCAGAGUGCUGAAGUUAAUUGAUCAUGGCAUCAUUUUAUUGCAGUGGAUUGUAAUGACUGGUUCCCCAUGGAGCUAAGUCCAGAGCAUGAUUAUCGAGUUUACAGUCAGCACAAGGGAUUUUCUUUAAAAACAAAGUAUCACUGUGUAGCCCCAGCUGACCUUGAGCUUACAAUGCCCUUGGUGUCCUGAGCGCUGGAAUGAGAAGGGUGUGCCACCAUAUCUGGCUUAUAAGUCCCAAAACAAGCCAAAUAGCAGCAGAGAAUAAACUGUUUGGGAAGCACCAAGUGGCCCAGGCCGAGCUGACUGACUGCUGAGGUGAUCUGAUGGAGCUUUUGAUGAGUGUGAGAUUCUCUGGGUCCCACCCAGGUAUCCAGAGGCUGAAGGCCAGGGACCAGGUGAGGCUCAUGGCUGGCCUGGCUGGAUCUAUAUUUGGGAGUGAAUCGUGACUACUGCUGUUGCCAGAGUGACAGACUGGAUUGGGAAGCUUGUCGGGUUGCUACACAUUAGGGGACAUACUCUGAAUCUCAAGCCUGGUGCAAUCUAAAGCAUUAGCAGGAAGGCCAGGGUGACAGCGAGAGGUCAGGUGACCAAAGGCUCAGCCACCUUGGUUUUCAGUGGUGACUAAGAACAUGUAUUUUUCUAAAAUAUCCAAAUUUUUUUUUUAAAUCAAAGAAAAGUCAGCUUAUAUUGAUUACAGAAUUCAUUUGCAGCUAGGUGGUGAUUUAAAGUCUGCAACAAAUGCUUGGAAGUAUUGAUGUUAUUUGUGUUAAAAUACAAACCUAUGGAGCAGGUAAUGACCCCUGGAUUCUCUCUCAGUGACCCAGAGUCACACAGAGUUGGCGCCCCAGCCCGAGCUGUCUCUGCUGAUCACUCUCCACUGUCUGGGAUAUUUUUAACCUCCUCUACUAGGUGAUGGGGGAGUACUUGGAAAACAUGCUUUGCCACUUGCCUAGAGGGACUUGGGGGUUUGGUUUGGAAAAUGUAGGGAGUUAAAACAUGUCACUCUUGACAGGAUUUAUCCAGUCUUCACUCUGUGUCCCACAGAUACAUACAUCUGUAAUACAAAAGCCAAAUCAUGUGACAUGGCACAAAAUAGAACUUUGGUGCCCGUGAUAGGAACAUGCAGCCUGGGCAUGCUCCAGGGUGGUCAGCCCAGAUCCUUACGUGAGAGGUGAGGGGCCUGAAACUCAGGUCCUAUUGGCCCAGGGUUUUUAGCUAAUACUACCAAAAUGUUGGAAAAUAUACCCCUUAUACCUGCUGUUUCUAAUGGAGGACUUUGUAAGACAUAAUAGAUUAUGCUCCUGAGUGACAUUUAUUCAGUGUACUGCAUUUACUAGCUUUGAAUUACACUUCACUGCAAUGAUGAAAUAUUUUGGAAUCUUUUGUACAACUGUCAAUAAACGUACUAUUUUUACUUGUGAAAUACUUUGCCCUCUCCAAGGAAUUAAAAAAAUUACCCCCCUCUCUGCUUAAGAGCUAAGAAAUGUUUUCAGACAAGAAGUAAAAUUAUUUUACUUUAGUUUCUUUUUAAGGUGUAGCACCUUUUUGCUCUGUUGUAAUGGUAAUGGAUGGAAACAAUGUGACAAUGCUCUAGGGUCUUACUUUUAAAGACACCUGGAAGGUUUGUAGAUUCUUAAGGUGAGCAAUUUUGUCUGCCAGCAAUAGUUUUAUGUGGUAUAGGUAUGAAAAUAGAGUUGAUGUUUGGGGAAUAGACAGCAAGUGAUUUUUAUAACCUGAGCAGUUAGUGAGUGUGCCGGUGUAUUGUAGGAAAGGAUUGUAAGAAUAUUUGGCCAGGCAGGGGUGGCGCACGCCUUUAAUCCCAGCACUUGGGAGGCAGAGGCAGGCGAAUUUUCUAGGCCAGCCUGGUCUACAGAGUGAGUUCCAGGACAGCCAGGGCUAUACAGAGAAACCCUGUCUCACAAAACAAAACAAAAGACUAUUUCACACUGUCAUUCUGAAUGCUGGCUGGUUUUGAUGCCUUUACAUUUAGUAAUGGUCAGUGUCUUACACUGAGAUUUCUACAUGAAGACAUAGAAGCAGAAUUCUACUGCAGCGUGGUGCAUUUUCGGGGUGACUGUAAACUGAAAAGAUGGAUCAGCUUUUAUAAAAAUAAUUUGAGCCACUUAAGGAUCUUAGAAAUAUAUCGUGUCCUUUAGACAGCAGUCUGUUUCAUCAUCAAGGCUCAAUAUCUGUACAGGUUCAACGAAUUGUAACUAGUUGCCAGCACUAGCUCAGUGGGUAAAAGCAUGACCGUCAAGCCUGGGUUAGGGUUAGGGUUGGAGAUCUUUCCUCAGCAGGAAUGGUGGAAUUAGAGAAAGAACCAACCACCCUGUGAGUUAUCUGUGGUUCUCCACAUGGGCACUGUGCAUAUGCGCAUCCCCUACACACACCACACUAAUGACUGUAGCCAGGUCUUGCACUCUCUUAACCAUCUCCUAGCGGUGCUUCAGGCAGGCUUGCACUGUGGAUAGCCUAGUGGGCAAAGCAGGUAGAGUUCGUGUGGUUUGAGUUAUCCGAGGUUUCCCUUUCCUAAUAUACUGCCAAUGAUUGACAUGUGCUGGAGAACUGGUGGAUAAUUUUGAAGAGCUGUGUAAGUAAAUCAAGCCAUUUUCCACAGUAGAAAUAGCAGUAGGGAAGGGCUUAGUGUAGCCUGCACUGCCUUCUACUCAAUACUGGUGGAAUCUCCUUGAGUGAAGACAGAGUAUGUCCUAUUGCUCGUUGAUAGCGUGGGUCCACCACUCCUGCCUUUCACCGUUACAGCGGCAUGACGGCACACCAUGUCAGUAGAUCUCUGAGCUUGAGCCAACCUGGUCAACAUAGGGAGUUUCAGGUUAGCCAAGGCUACAUGUAUGGACCCUGUGUGCUGUAUUUUUUUUUUUUUAAAUCAAUGAGGUCCAAAACAACUACAGAGGAGGAAAGAGUUGUGUGGUUCUGUGAAUCUCAGUGAGUGGCUAAUUAGAGAGGGACCCCAGCCAGCAAACUUCUCUUAAGUUUAUGUCAUCAGGUUUACAAAGAAGUACAAAGCUUGAAAGGAGAGGUGGCCAGGAUUAGGUUUGGUGGUUUUUACUGAAGGAACUUUUCAUUAUAUCCGAUUAACUUGUGUUCUCAAUACUAUUAAUUUUUCUCUCAGUCAAACCCAAGACCCUAUAAAAAAAAUUAGAAUUAAUGCUUUGUGAAGGAAAACUGAAUGCAUUCCUAUUUUACACAAUCCUGGCAUUCUUAAAUGACUGUAUCACUUGUUCUACCUUUUGUGUUUGCAAAGAAUUAAACAGUGUGCUGUCCACUUUU